AUGGGUAUCUUAUCAUGUGCUGAUGACACCGUGGAAGAUGGUUAUAGUUUCUAUGAACACAUUGAUAAGUAUCUAGAAUAUGAAAAAAUCUGUUUGCAUGAUCAGAAGUCUAAAGAAUAUAACUAUAAAUGCGAAUCAAUUGGAUUAGACCAAUAUAAUAAGGAGGAUGAAAAACUUUCUAAUAUUUGUUCAAGAUUUCAUUGCUUAUUUGAUAAAUUGAUUACGUCAACAAUCGAUCAAACAAAUUAUAAUGAAAAAAAUGCUCAUUUCGCAUACGUGAAGUAUUGGUUAAUUCAUGAAUUACACAAGAUGUAUGCCAGCAUUGAUGAUGCAAAACACUUUCUUAAGCGUAUGAUAACUGCAGAUAGAGUAAAUGAAACCAUGAGGGAAUUAAAUGAAAACUGGGAUAAUAUAGAUAAAGAUGAGAUGAAAAAUAUGUAUGAAUUAUUUUAUUUAUACGAGAGUUAUAUUAAAAAUACAUCACCGAUGAUAAUACAAACGCAGAAAUAUUUCACCCAUACCCUGACAAUGAACCUCAUAAAUACAGGGAACUUGAUGUAA